AUGAGUGAGUCGUGGACGUACAACACCCCUCCGGGGACGGCGAGCACGGGCGCCCAGAUCACGAUCGUUGCCCUGGUCUUCACGGCCCUGUCCUUGGUCAUCAUGCUCCUGCGGCUGUACGUUCGCGUCAUCAUGCUCAAGGCGGCCGGAGCAGAUGACUGGGUCAUUAUCGUGACUUGGAUUGCCGCUUGCGGCUUUGCGGUGGUUAGCACGAUCCAAACAAAAUGGGGUCUCGGACUUGAGAACAUCGAGGACAUGCCGAAGGAGAACCUAUACAACUUUGGUCUGUUGCAAUAUGCCGGCGCCCCGUUCUACAUCACCAGCAUCCUGGGCUUCAAGAUCAGCCUGCUCCUCUCUUACCUCCGUUUCAUCCCCAAGGGCGUCUACAGAUGGGCAACGCUCAUCACCAUCGGCAUGUGCAUUGCAUACCACAUCGCCUUCCUCGUUGUCCAAGUGAACCUCUGCACACCGAUCGCCAAGCAGUGGGACCCGACCAUCACGAACGGUUCCUGUAUCCCGGGAGUCCCCUUCUACACCAGCAUGGCCGCCUUGACAAUCGUCUUUGACAUUGUCGUCAUGUUCCUCCCCUUCCCCGUCCUCGCGUCUUCCAAGAUCCAGAAACGCAAGAAGUUCGUCCUACUCGGCCUCUUCGGCCUCGGCGCCUUCAUCACCGUCAUCCAGAUCGUCCGCAUCCAGACGGUCCACGCCCUCGCCAACUACCUCGACUCGGCGCCCCUCAUCAUGUGGUCCGCGGUCGAGAACAACCUGGGCAUCAUCGUCUGCUGCGUGCCGACCCUCGCGCCCUUGGUCAAGUACUUCAACGAGAAGAGCAGGUCGGGCAGCCGGAGCAACAAGUACGGCGCCGCGAGCGGCUACGGCAGGACCGGCGGCGGCGGCGGCGGCGGGCAGAGCGGAAACGUGGGCAGCCGGUACGCGCUGCAGAGCUGGCGGCCGGGCAUGAGCGGGAUGCACCCGCUGAGCAGCGGCAACGACCACAGCGAGCAGGACCUCGGCGGGCAGACGUCGAGGAUAGGCAAGGGGUCGGAUGACGGGAGCGCCGAGUUCCACCUCGACGCGCCCGUCAUCAUCAAGAAGACCGAGUUUGUGGUCACGAGUGACCCGAGGGAGCCGGGGCUGGCGGUGUAA